AAAAACUGACGUGAGGCGAAAAAGUUCACACUAAAUACCUUAAAAUACGUUUUUAGCAAAGUUCUCCACCAUUUCCGCGAUAUAUCGAUAAGUUUACGAAACAUAGACGGUCACUCUAUCGAGUGUUAUCGUGCUAUCGAUAUUCACCAUUUGGCAGAGAUGACCGAAAUUGCAAUUUUUUCGCUUAGUCAAAUUCUUGUGCAUUUCUCAACUGACAAAAGCAAGUGAAUUCCCAUUCCCAUGCAGCAAACCAAUUUCGAUGGCAGCAAGCGUGGCGAAUUGAAUAACACAACAAAGCCGGCGACGAAGCAGUGUGAAAACCGAAGAAAAUCGCCAGUGAACGGAUCACAAGGGCGAGGGCUAUCGCUCAUCUCUAUUACAAAUACGAAAAUGAAAUUGCGUGCAUUCUAAAUGCCACAUGGGAACGAUGACCAAGGACUACGACUAUCUGCUAAAGGUCCUGCUGGUGGGCGACAGUGAUGUGGGGAAGCACGAGAUACUCUCCAACCUGGAGGAUCCCUCAACGGAGAGUCCCUUCUGCAGCGGCAACGACUGCACAUCCUCUCACAUCCUCCAAACGGUAGCGUACAAGACGACCACCAUCUUGCUGGAGGGCAAGCGGGUGAAGCUGCAGCUGUGGGACACCUCCGGCCAGGGACGCUUCUGCACGAUCAUACGCUCGUAUUCGCGUGGAGCCCAGGGCAUCAUACUCGUCUACGACAUUACCAAUAAGUGGAGCUUCGAUGGCAUUGAUCGUUGGCUAAAGGAGGUCGAUGAGCAUGCUCCUGGCAUACCCAAGGUGCUGGUGGGGAAUCGCUUGCAUUUGGCCUUCAAGCGUCAGGUGGCGGCCAAACAGGCCGAGACCUAUGCCAGCCGCAACAACAUGUCCUGCUUCGAGAUAUCGCCACUCUGCGACUUUAAUAUACGCGAAUCCUUUUGCGAAUUGGCUAGAAUGGCGCUCCAUCGCAAUGGCAUGGAGCACAUUUGGCGUAGCAAUAAAGUGCUAUCCCUGCAGGAGCUGUGCUGUCGCACAAUUGUGCGACGGACGAGUGUGUAUGCCAUCGAUUCGCUGCCGUUGCCGCCAUCGGUGAAGUCAACGCUCAAGUCAUAUGCGCUGACCACGUCGCAGUGCUUCAACUCGCUGACGCAGAGCUCCAGGAGCAAGAAUCGCUGCAAGACGCCGACGAGCCACAGUCGGAAUAGUUGUGCGAUCGCGUGAUCGUUGCCACGUAGGCGGAACCGAGCUGCCUACUUAAAUACUACUACUACUACUGCGUCGUCGACGAUUAACUUUAAUUGAGCAAGGAAAACCCUAAUUAAUGUACUCUAGGCUAACACACACACCUCACACACCUCACACCUCACUCGCCACCACCCCAAUUUCACCCUCUUUGGUUAUAUAUUUUUUUUAUGUUUUUGUUUCAUCGACAUUGAUAUAUAUAUAUAUAUUUAUUGCCCACUUCCGCAAAGAAAAAAAGCAGUACUUUUAACACUCUAUAAAAACAUUAAAUUUAGUUUUCUUUUAACCCUUUCUGCCCCCUCGAUUUUUCCGCCCCUUACCACAACUGUUGUUAAUAUUAUUAUGUUUGUAUAAUUCUAAUAUAUUUAAAGCGAUCAACACAACAAACAUCAAAACAGUAAAAACUAAAAAAAAAGAAACAAACGAA